GUCGGGGCGGGGCUUCGGUGUAAUAAACAAGGAGCGGACCAAUCAGAGAGCUCGGUGGGACGUUAUUCUGCAGCCACUUGGGCCUUUAUAAACUUUGUGUCUCUAGGUCAAAGCGAAUCAUUUCCCUUUCUUCAACAUUACAGAAAUCACAGAAGCCACGAUGCUGCCUGUAGCGGUGUUGGCCGUGUGCCUGAGUGCUGCCCUCUCAGCCCCCAUGCUGGACCGACAGCUGGAUGAGCACUGGAAUCUGUGGAAGACCUGGCAUACAAAAAAAUAUCAUGAGAAGGAGGAGGGCUGGAGGAGGAUGGUGUGGGAGAAGAACCUGAAGAAGAUCGAGCUGCACAACCUGGAGCACUCCAUGGGAACACAUACCUACCGCCUGGGCAUGAACCACUUUGGAGACAUGACUCACGAGGAGUUCAGGCAGAUCAUGAACGGCUACAAGCGCCAAGCCGCGAGGAAGUUCAAGGGGUCCCUGUUCAUGGAGCCCAACUUCCUGGAGGCCCCACGUGCCGUAGACUGGAGAGAUAAAGGCUACGUCACUCCCGUUAAGGACCAGGGUCAGUGUGGCUCUUGCUGGGCCUUCAGCACCACCGGAGCUCUGGAGGGUCAGCACUUCAGGAAGACAGGAAAACUGGUGUCGCUGAGCGAGCAGAACCUGGUGGACUGCUCGAGACCCGAGGGCAACGAGGGCUGCAACGGCGGUCUGAUGGACCAGGCCUUCCAGUACGUCAAGGACAACCAGGGCCUGGACUCCGAGGAAGCUUAUCCUUACCUGGGAACAGACGACCAGCCGUGUCACUACGACCCCAACUACAACUCUGCCAACGACACCGGAUUCAUCGACAUCCCCAGCGGCAAGGAGCGCGCUCUGAUGAAGGCCGUGGCCGCCGUGGGACCCGUUUCAGUCGCCAUCGACGCCGGCCACGAGUCUUUCCAGUUCUACCAAUCAGGAAUCUACUAUGAGAAGGAAUGCAGCAGCGAGGAGCUGGAUCACGGUGUGCUGGUGGUGGGUUACGGCUUCGAGGGCGAAGAUGUGGACGGCAAGAAAUACUGGAUCGUGAAGAACAGCUGGAGUGACAAGUGGGGAGACAAAGGCUACAUCUACAUGGCUAAAGACAGAAAGAACCACUGUGGCAUUGCGACAGCGGCCAGUUAUCCUCUCGUUUAAGGUUUUGCACAGCUCCACUUUGUGAGUGUUUUUAUUGCAAUAGUUUGGCUCAAGGCGAAGGACGAGGCUUCGGUCAGAGCGACGCAUUAACAGGAGAUUCUGUGAUGUUUUAAGAGAAGAAACACUGAUUUUUAGGGAAAUGGCGCCAUUUUGUUUUGGCUGGUUUGAUGCCACUUUAUUUCGUCUGAAGAUUUUAGUCUAGUGUUUUAUUGUUUGUAAAUAUGUGUAUGCUACUUGGUGAGUGAUUCGUUAACACUUGCUUCGGUCAUUGUAAAUGUCGUUUUUUUUUUUUUCUACUUUUACUGUGAUCAAUUAAAGUUGUGAAACACUA